AUUAAAUUCGAAUCAUAUGACUGAAUCUGAUUAACAAAAUCAACAAACAAGAAGUGGUCAAUCUUAGGGCACUUAUUAAAUGGUAAAAACAAGCUAAGUUGAAUUGUCUAUUCGAAAUAAACUGAAAGAUUAAGAUGAUGAUUACCCAAAAGUUCCUUAAUUAAGAUAAAAAGAGAAGUUAUUGUGUACUAAAUGCAAUUAGGUUAUAGAAACUGAUGUUUUUUUUGAGAUGGGUAGGUGUAGUUAUAUAGUGAUGUUAAUUUUAAUAGCAGGUAUCAUUACAGCUGUUUUUGCAUUUUUGCCUUGUGUUUUAGAUGGAUGUAAAGAUGCUAUUCAUAGAUGUCCUAAAUGUUUAAAACUGAUAGGAACAAAAAAAUUUAUGUGUGGAUGA